AUGGAUAAUCCGUUUUUGAAAGAAGGUUGGGAAAAGGAUUACGAGUUAAGAUCAACGUUAUCUGAAAUAACAAACCGUUUAAAACUAUGGGAUCAAAUCUCAUUGAUAUUUUUAAUGUGCAAAUCACCGGAAUAUGCGUUAAUUACAAUGAAACUCCUUUUCAAAGAAACUUCUCAUUCAUCUAGAAAUAAUUUAUUUUUUAAUUGGCUCAUGGAACAAAAUAUUUUCCAAAAUGAUUCUUGGAAAAUUUUAUUCUCUGAAUUUUUGACCAUAAUUCAACAUUAUCAAUCGAUUAAAUUAUUAGGAUAUGAUAAAAAUGAAAUGAAAAAAAAAUUUUUACCCAAGAACAAUCUAAAAGCUGAUUCUGUCUCGAAUAUAAGAAAAUUAUUAUAUAACAUUUGUGAAGAUCUCGAUAAAGAAGACACUCGCAGAUUAAUCGAAGCUAUGGAUUUAAAAAAUGAAAUCGAUUAUCAUAAUGAUGAUGACGAAAAGGGAUUCAAGUAUUUGGAAUAUAAAUUUUUACUUUGGAGCAAAUAUCGAGUGAUUAAUUUAAAUCCAGAUGAGAAUAUUAAUUUGGAUGCUUUAAUAAAAGUUUUAAAAUCGAUUAAUUUUUCAAAUUAUGUACCCGGCAUUGAAAUUAUAGUCGAGCAAAGUAAUAUAAACCUGAUACGAAAUAGUAUAGUUAUAAAGUCUGAUUUUCAACAUUCAGAAUGUUAUCCCAUAAUUAAAAAAAACAAUUUGGGAUAUUGUGUUAUAAUUAAUGAAAAAGUUUUUACAGAUUCAAAAUUUGACACAAGGUGGGGAACUGAAAAAGAUGUUGAAAGACUAGUCGAAGUUUUUAGCAAUUAUGGAUUUGAUAUUAGAAUACAUUACGAUUUAACAUUUGAUGAAUUAAUAACGACAUUAGAAUUUUAUACAAGAGCUAUUGAUAAAAAUCAUUCUGCAUUUAUUUUAAUUAUUUUAUCACAUGGUAGUGAAAAUGUUAUUUACACGUCAGAUUCGCAAGCGGUAGACAUGAACACAAUCGAAAUGGUAUUUCAAGCAGAGAUUUGUCCCAAUUUAAUUGGAAAACCUAAAAUAUUUAUUGUGCAAUCAUGUCAGGGAGAAAAAUGGCAAAAAAUGUGUAUGGAAAAUGAAAAUGGAAACAUUUUGAGAGAUGGAAUCAUUGCAUCUAAACAAAAAGAAGAAAUUUUUAUGGGACCACAAAGAGGGGAUUCCCUUAUUGCUUGGUCUACGGUUCAAGGUUUUGCCUCAUUUAGAGAUAAAUAUAAUGGAUCAUGGUACAUACAAGAAUUUUGUAAUGAAUUGUGGAGAUUUGGCGAUGUGGCUGAUUUAGUGGAAAUAUUCACCAGAGUCAACAAUAAUUUAAGGAGGAAAGUAUAUGAAAAUCAAUUUAUGGUUCCGAGUAUGUUAUUGUCACUGAGAGCAAAAGUAAAAUUUCCUCAUGUUGAAAAAAAUAAACAAAAUGCAAAAAGAAAAAUAUUAGAAAGGAUAAUAUUUGAAAAUGUUUUCGAAGAGUUUUUACUAAAAAAUGGUGACUUAAUUCGAUUAAAAAACUUAAUUAAGAAAUAA